AUGGCCACAGACGCAGCCCAGGGAGCUGGCCCGAGCCCUCCUGACAAUGAAGACAGGGACCUGCAGGUUCUGUGGCAAGAACUCAGCCAGCUCCAGGCCAAGCAGAGGAAACUGAGGAAACAGGUGGAGAAACACAAGCCUUUUGAAGAGUAUCUGCUGAAGGUCUCUGAGAAGAUCCCCAAAGGCUGCGGAGAUGUGGAGGAGCCCGAGGAGGCGAUGGUGGACUCAAUGGUGGAGCACUACAGCAAGCUCUUCGCAGCCAGCGAGGACGCCCUGCGGCACCUGGAGGUCGUUACCCGGAUGAAGGAGACCAUCCGCCAGAGCCUGGAGUCCCUGGUGGAGAACCACAGGGCUCUUGUGCCCAGCCUCAAGAUUCGGUUGUCCCAGCUUCAGAAUAAGUGUCACCGCAAGCAGUGGCAGUGGAGGCAACUGGAAUUCAGUGACGCCUGCCAGAAAGACUCCAGUCUUGACACUCAGCCAGAGCCAGACAGCUCCAAUAGCCAACUGCUCGGCUGCGUGCAACUGGCCAUUGACAAGAUGGUUCAGCAGUGUAGCUCCGCGGCCAACAGCGUGCUGGGCAGCAUGGACCUCUUUUCCAAGCUAGACGUGAUUAAGAUUGCUGCCAUUGAAAAAGCAGGAGAGAUGGAACGCUUCCACCUCUCGCACUACGGCAGUGUGACUUCACAGUGA